AUGGAUAUCACCGAGUUUGUUCUCUCCCUGAGGGAGAAGGCGCUUCUUUAUGGCGACUACUCGACGUACUGGUCGCAGCUGUCGGGCAAGCUGCUCAACUGCCGCAAAAAGCUCAACAUUGCGACAAGGAGCCGCGGCAAAUUCAACCCCAAAUCCCCCGUCACGCCCGAGCAGAUUGCCGAGAACCACGAAUAUGUCACCCUCCAGCUGCUGACCGCCGAGCGGGCUUGGGCCCAAGCCAUGUCCAUCAAGGCGUCACACUCGGCCGACACCAAGGGCAUGACGAGCAAGACGCGGUCACAUAUCGUCUCGAGAUUGGACAAGGCAGCCCGCACUGCCGAGAGCCUGGCUCAGGCCCUGUCUUCCGCCGCAAGUGGCGCGUCCCCAACCGACCUCCUCGACGCCCGCGCGUACGCCGCCAUGCUGAGGGGCGCCACCCUCUUCGAGAAACAGAGCUGGGAGUCUUGCCUCAAGAGCUACGCCGUCUGCCGCAUAAUCUACAGCGCCCUUGCCACUUCGACAAAGGGCGACGCCUUCAAGGAUCUUCUGUCUGAGACCAUCGACCCCUCGAUUCGUUACGCCGCAUACCAGGCCAAGAUCCCACGGACGCUGCCUAUCGUCACCAUUGCGCGCAAGGCCUUUGACCAUGCGGACCCGGAGUUGGUGGAUCAGGUCAAGCAGCUAAACCCCAACGUUCUGGCCCAUGGUGAUCCUGAUGCGAAUAAAGGGGCCGAGGGAGCUCCAACCACCCUCACAUGGCGAGGCAGAGAGGUCAAGAUCGAAGAUGCAGCGAUCGCGAUUGCCUGGGCCGCUGUAGGAACGGCAAGAGGUCAGCUAUUCGAGAAGCUGGCAUCAGCAGGCAAUUUGCAUCCCAAGGACAUGGCCGGCGCUUACGACGAAAUCCUGGUUGCCAGCCAGGAUGCCGUUGACGCAACCAAGCAGGCCAUCGACGAGCUCAGGGCUGAGGGUGCCACGCAGAGCGAUCCGCGGAUGCAGGGUCUCCAGAUUACGCGGACUGCGGUGAACUAUGAGAUGAUUAGCUGGCGGAUUGGCCGCAACAGAGCCUUGGUCGGGGAGAAUGACGGCGUCAAGACGGACUUCGGCGCUACUUUGAGGAGGAAGAAGCGGACGAACGAGUCGGAAGGAGACAGAAGCAAGGGCGAGGCCCCGGGGCGUCAGAUUGCGCGGUUGAAGGAGAAGGUUGUGUUGUAUGACGGCAUUCUACAGAGCCUCGAGUCUGUCAAGGAGCUGCCCGGCGUUGCUAACGAUCAGGACUUAUUCGGGCGGUUAGAAGCUACGUCGCACUACUUUACUGCCCUCAAAUCACUCGCCAUUGCCCGCUCCCACGCCAUCGCCGGCAACGCCGUCAAUUCCCUCGCCCUCAUCAAACACGCCCUGGACCAAUGCAAGGCCGCCAGUUUCCCUCUCUCCAAUAGCAGCGACAACGACCAAGAUGAAUUCACACCCCGCAACAUCCAAGUCACCAAGCGCAACGUCACCCUGCUGCACGACACCCUAGCCGGCGAACUGCAGCGCGGCCGCGCCCUCGUCGAAAUAUUCAGCUUAACCGACAACAAGCACUUGGCCCAGCCCCUGACGGGAGGGCCCGCGUCGAAGCCGCUGUCCAGCCGCCUGUUCGACUAUGCGGCCGGCGGCGUCGAUCUCGAGAACAUCGUCACCUACCCGCCACGGCUCGAGCCGUUCCCCGUCAAGCCGCUCUUCCUGGACGUUGCCUGGAAUUAUAUCGAGUAUCCCGGUAAGAACGGGCAGCAGCAUUCUGCAGGCGCGGCCACGGUGCAGCAACAGCAGGAUAAGACGAAACCUGGCGCUCCUGUGCCGGAACCGGAGGCGAAGCCACAAAAGAGGAGCUGGUUUCCGUUCGGGAGGUGA